CCGUGCUUCAGUGGAUGAAAUGAAGCAGUGUUCAAAAUUGUAAAGCUGUGGACGGUCUCUUCAGCUCAGGCAAUCAAAGACAAAACGUGACGGGGAGAGUCCGAGCCUGGGGAGAUGGGGGUGGUUGGAUUCUUACAGUUUUUCCCUAUGUAGCCCAGGACUUAUCAUUUUCAUUGGAUAUACAGUAACUUCUUUCAGCCACUUCAGCCAUGCUUCCUUUCCUUGUAAUAAUUCUUCCAGUUCUGCUUCCUCUAAGAGCGCAGCAGCUGUUGCAAGGAUCCUGCACUUUUGAGGGCAGCACUUGUGGCUACUCCUCCGACCCUGCACACUUGAAGUGGUCUCUCAAUACAGAAGGACACUACAUUACUGUGGAUUCCACCAAGGAGGUCACAGAAAAACGAGCUGUUCUCAUUAGUCCCAUCUUGGAAUUUUUGGACUGGAGUUGUGUCAGAAUUGUGUACCAGAUUUCUGGUUCAGGCACUUUACAAAUGUAUAUUAGGCCUGAAGGAGAAAGUUUUGACUAUCGGCUGUGGUCUUCACAAGACACUUCAGACAGCUGGCUUAUUGCAACUGUGGAUCUCAGGAACACAUUAAAUCAAUACAAGAUCAUCUUCGAAGGAACGCCUGGAGAAGAUUUAAGCCACAGUGUUGCAAUAUUUGAAAUUCGCAUUGUGCAAGGAUACUGCAUCGAAUGUAACUUUGAAGAACACCACAUAUGUGGAUAUACCAACGUUUGGAAUCCAAAUGUCAACUGGUAUGUUGGUGGAUACAUUUCACGUGACCCCUUGUCAAGUCUUCUUGAUGACCACACUAUGAGCAAUCAGAGAGGUCAUUAUAUGUAUGUGGAUUCUAUUUAUGUCAAGAAUUUCCAAGAAGUCGCCCAACUUGCUUCUCCAAUGACAAUGUUCCCUAUAGCAGGAUGCUUGUCUUUCUAUUACCACCGGAACCAAGGCAAAGGCAAUAUAUUCUCAGUGUUUACAAGAGAUGUUUUUGGUCAUUAUGAGGAAAUCUGGAGACCAGAAAAACAGGAGACAUCCACCUGGAAUCGAGUCAAAGUUGACAUAAAGACACAUCAUCCUUUGCAGGUUGUUUUUGAAGUUGCCUUCAGCAGUGCCAAGGGUGGCUCUAUUGCUGUUGAUGACAUCUCCUUCUCGGCAGAUUUCUGCAACACUGAGACAGAACCAUUUUUUGAUCCUUCUAUUGCAAACUGUGACUUUGAAGAAGAUUUCUGUCGUUAUUACCAGGAGUCCUCAGAGGGAUCAAUGUGGAGGAGGGUUUCUAUAAAUCCUAAUGUUUAUAGAAUAGGUGAUCACACUAAAGGCUCAGGUUCAUUUUUGUUGGCCAACACCAGGUAUUCUUCAAGACCUGGCUAUGUGGCACGUUUGUAUGGUCCUUUCCUACAAGAAAAUGUGAAGUAUUGCUUGAAAUUUUUCUACGCUUUGUAUGGGUUUAUUAAAACAGAAAACACCCUCAUAGUUUAUAUCUAUGAUGAAAACAGUGUGGCGCUGGAGAAAGUCUGGAACGUACCUGAAAGUUCAAGGGGCAGCUGGAUUAGGGUUGAAAUCAGUUUUCACAAGCCCAUGCCUACAAAGGUUGUUUUUGUGAGCAUUUGCAGAAACUUCUGGGACUGUGGAUUAGUAGCCUUAGAUGAUAUCAGUGUGACCCAUGGAGACUGCCAUAUUACAGCUGGCAUUCAUCAUUCCCCAGCUGGAGAAUGUAACUUUGACAAAAAUGAGUGUGAAUAUACCCAGGAUGAGAAAGACAAAGGACAGUGGAUUCGAAAAAGGGGCCAGACCCCAACAUCUUAUACUGGGCCUAAAGGUGAUCACACUACAGGGGUGGGUUACUAUAUGUACAUUGAAGCUUCACACAUGUUUACUGGACACAAUGCCCGUUUACUGUCCUCAAAUCUUCGUGGAUUUCUUCACCAGCAGUGCUUGACCUUUUUCUACAGCAUGUAUGGGUCUGGGACUGGCAUGUUAAGUGUGUAUUUGAAAAAGAACGAAGACAAGAGAGAAAUUUUGCUUUGGAGGCGGAGAGGAGAACAAAGUAUCUCUUGGCUUAAAGGCUCUGUAGAAUAUGAAUGUGAGCAAAACCACCAGAUUGUCUUUGAAGCAAUUCGGGGCAUUUCCAUCAGAAGUGAUAUUGCAAUUGAUGAUAUUGUAAUGAAGAAGGGACCCUGCAAAGAGCUGAAGGAAACAUCAUUUGACCACUCAGGGUUCUCUGAAAACUUCAAUGUCAUUGAUUACUAAAUAGGAUUGUAACGGAGAGUGAAGAUAAAAGAAGAAAAGCUAACACAGACAAAAAACAAGGAGACUGAAGAACACAUGAUCUCAAAAACAUUAUAUUUGAAGAGUCACCCUUUUUCAGUGAAUGGAUGAAAGCAGAUGUCCAAAACUGAAUUUAAAGGAAACAUACAGCAUCAAAAAGAAAACCAAAUCAAUACGGUACAGUGAAAUAAUCCAGUACAUUUAUGCACCUUAGUGCCAUCAGUUUUUUGUAUAAGGAGUAUUAAAAGAACAGACCUGUUAGACUUUGAAGACCAAAAAGCCAAUCUGUAGCUACAAAUGUGUGCCUGUUGGCUUGAGAAAUAUAUGCACUGAUUCCUAGAGUUUUCUAUACCAUAAUUGUUCAGUUUGAUUUCCAUUGUGAAUAGUAUUCAUUGUCAGUAACUUACAUGAGUGUUUUGUUUAUGAAGUUGGAAAGCAGGUGCAUUAAGUAAUAUAAUGAAAAGAUUAAAAAGCACAUGUGCAUAAAUACAUAUAUUUUAAACAGCAUUUUCUCUCAUGUAAAACUUUUGACAUUUACUGUAUAUUGAUUGCAUCCCAAUACCAAUAACUUAAAGAAUGAACACUCUUUUCUUUGCAUGAAGCGGGCUUCAUGUGGAUGCAGUAUAAUUAUUUUCUUUAAAUGGAAAUGUGUAGCUUUACCAUACAUUGGUCAUUAUAUUGACAUGAAAAUAAUGCAUACCAUACCUGCAUUUCACAAUUCAAUGUGUUAAAAAAACAGCACUGGAAAGGUAUGUACAGGCUGAAACUAGAAUUGAUGGCCUGA